UUUUGGUGAACUGAGCGUUUGUUCUAGCUUCUCAGAGACCUACAAUUCUAGAGCUUGAGAAGGGAGGACUGUCUUCCCUAUAAAGACCUGGCUGGGGAGACUAUCAGAGGCUGAGCUUUUGAGCACAAGUCCAUAAUCGAGGAAUCGCAUUGGUGCAGGCUGCAGCAGUUGCAGUAAUACACCUCUGGUGGUGCACCGAUGACGGGUAGCUCUUAUGUCGAGCGGCUCCCUGAUGACAUACUUUUCAUGAUUUUCAAGUUGAUCGUGGUCGACGAGAAGGAAGCAUUGUAUGAAUAUCUCCAAGACAAUUUUUGCGGCAUAUAUUGGGACGAUUGGGGAGAUGCAUUCGAGCGCGACAGUGCUCUGCUGCAAUCAGUGCUUUUGCCAGCGGCGAGUGUGUGCGAGCGAUGGCAGUCUUUCUUGACGCGGACUCCGUCAAUGUGGACCGAGCUGCAGAUAUCCUUCAAGGAAGGUCCUGCGGCUCUCGAGCACGCACGUAAAUUCGUCCAAUAUAGUGGGACGUGUCUUCUUCAAAUCACACUUCUUUGGGACGAUCCCAGCUGGAUUGUGCCGAUUAUGUGGGAUGACACUGAUAUUGAUGACAGUGCAUUAAAACGCACAUCACGCGCAGAGAUCAUGGCCGCGCUUUCGUUUCUGUCACGUCCUUCGGUCUAUCCAGCCUGCAACCUAGAAAAACUACAUCUUCAAUUUAUACACAACCCACGUCACGCAGAUCACUUUAUGAAUGAACCGUCGCUUUUCCCCGGUUCAGUGCCUCCCCUCCGCGAUCUUGUCCUUUUUGGUAUAAGCUGGACCUGGCUAUCCCCCCAUAUGCUUUCAUCUCAUCUUUCGGAUUUGCGAAUCCACUAUGAUGAUUGUUGCACCGACGAUCUCGGGGAUACCGGAACAACUUUUGAACAAGCAAAAGUUUUCUUCCAGCUCCUUGGCUCGCUCGUCAACCUCAGGACACUGACACUCGAGCUAGAGCUCACAUGUUAUGGAGACGCCAUAUCCAUCGAGCUGCCCCAUCUACAUAGCUUGGUUAUCAAGUCACGCUCAAUGGAACCCUGGGCUACCGACUUUCUCCGUAGCGUCAAAAUGCCCAGUCUCCGCAUAUUGACGUUGUGUGUAGCAUCAUUAGGGGAAGAAAACAGUGUCCACGGGAUAUUCGGCGAAUUAGCCACGCUUACCGAUCCUGACGCAGAUGAUCCUGACGCGGAUAAUCCUUCUGGCUAUCUUCUAGAACUAGAUGAACUUCAUCUCCUUAAUUUCAGAUACCGUGAAAACCCCCUCCUCCUCCAUCGCCUGUUCGUCCAAAUGUCAACUGUUGAGACAUUGACGCUGGGACCACGGGCGGAUGGUGACAAUGUUGCGCUGGCAUUGGCACUGCUCCCAACGCCACGUGGACUGCCAGAUCUCCCUUUUAUCGGACUUCGGACACUGGUCGUCUUUAAUGUUCCAAAGCAUGUCAUGCGGCUGAUCGUACUAGAACGAACGCCACUAGCUGGUCCAUUGGAGGAGCUUUACUAUAAUUACGAUCGAGAGGAUAAGAGUGUCCAGGAUGAUUGGCAACAUGAAGUCGAGAAGUACCGUCGUAUUGGUUUUGUGGACUGCGAACGGGUCCAAGAUAUAGUUAACAAGCGGUGGUCAUAUAUGACCUAGUCCCUCAUUCACUUAUCACGUAUACGUUGCUCACAAACUCAGGUAGAACAUUUGCAGUUUCACUCGUCCUAGCUAGCAAGAAGCAGGGACGGACCAAACGCUCAUGAAGUUGAAGAUUUGAACUGGUGUUGCGGGUAAACUUGAGUUACAGUGGUGCACCCCUGGUCAAGCCCAGGGAUACACAGAGAGCGAAGGAAACUAGGUAAAUUCGUGCAAUACCGAGACACUUUUCAAGAAUGAUCAAUAUGGAGCAAUUGAAGCUGCAUGUAUAGAUAGUCCCGUAUGACUUUUGCUACUUCUAGAGUGUGCACACUUGGGGGAGGUUACUCGGUC